GCUGGGUGGCAUCGUCGAGGUCCCUUAAUAUAGUUUCAGGGACCCUGGACGCAGCCGUGGGCAGCCCGGGGAGGAUUAGUGAGCCGCCAAGCCACCUCGGGAGCGCUCCCCGUUUCCCCACCCCACUUUUUAUUAUCUUUGGGGUGCGUUUCGUUUGCAGUCGGGGCUACCCCGCGUCAAACGGUAAACAUGCCGGUGCGUACCGAGUCCUGCUGUAGCUCCACGGCCUACAUGUCCUCGGCCUCGCUUGUCCCGCCUCCACCGAUUAACACCCAGCAGCCGGGCGUUGCGACCUCACUCUUGUACAGUGGUUCUCAGUUUCGAGGACAUCAGAAGAGCAAAGGGAACUCUUACGACGUUGAAGUGGUUCUACAGCACGUGACAAUGGAGGACUCGUAUCUCUGCGGUUACCUGAAGAUCAAAGGGCUAACGGAGGAGUAUCCAACUCUCACCACGUUCUUUGCCGGAGAGAUCAUCAGCGACAAGCGGCCCUUUCUCACCAGGAAAUGGGACGCAGACGAAGAUGUUGACCGCAAACACUGGGGCAAGUUUCAAGCUUUUUAUCAGUAUGCAAAAACCUUCAACUCGGACGACUUUGAUUACGAGGAGCUGAAGAACAGCGACUACGUCUUCAUGAGGUGGAAGGAACAGUUUUUAGUUCCCGAUCACACCAUCAAGGAUAUCAGUGGUGCUUCAUUUGCCGGCUUCUACUACAUCUGCUUCCAGAGAUCCACAGCUACCAUAGAGGGCUACUAUUACCAUAGAAGUUCAGAAUGGUACCAGUCCCUCAACCUCACCCAUGUCCCAGAACACAGCGUGCCCAUCUACGAGUUCCGGUGACCCCCGCCCCCGCUGCACCACUGGGAGAGAAGGGGGACAUUUUGGCACCGUUCUGAAGAGAAUGUAAAAAGAAGAAAAAAGAAAAAAAUACAAACAAACAAACAAAAAACAACAACAAACAGUGUCGGUCACGGCCUGCAUGUGGACGGACAGACAGGUGGACAGGAGCGGAGCUCCCUGUGAGUGAGGCAAGCCGCCAGCAGGUGGCAGUAUUGAGACGGGAAUCGCUGUUGUCGCUUGGCCUCGUCCUGCCUCCGGAUUCCAGCAGCUUCCACACUGUCCUCGCCCCAGGCCGCCUCUACGUUUUAUCUUACACUGCGAUUGCCGCCACCCCCCCGUUCUCAGUCACUACGUUUCCCACCCACAGAUCGUAAGAUGGAGGCCCAGGCCUGGGUGGUCUUACAGUCCGGAGGGAGUCGUUUUCAUAUCCACACCUUUUUAUCGGCCCGAAGUGGAUUAGCCCUGGCCUCUGUAAUGGAAUGGACCAGCAGGGCCGGUUCACCGUCUCGGAGCUGCGGCUCAGAGGCCUUAAAGACCUCUCCAUUUCUCUACAACUAGAUGUCCCUCCUGAACGACACACGCUGGAGCUGUGUGCAGAGCUACUGCGGCCAGAGGCGGGCGGAUAAGAAGGUUCCGGAGCUUCAUGGAUCCAUGGAUACAGUGCCCCCCGCCGCGCAUGUGUUGCUCCCUGUUUUUGCUCCCUCCUUGACUUGAGAGACAGGCCCACUGCUGUGACUGAGGAUGCACUGCACAUCUCUGAAAGAGUGAGACUUUUCCUUUUUUUUUUCUUCUUUUUUUAUUAUUAUUAUUAUUAUUGUUAUUCUUUUUUAAACUCAUUUCCUGCUUCCUGCUCAACUCACCUCUAUGCAACAGGAGAAGGAUUGCCCGACAAGUAAACAGACCUGGCUGUCAUCAGGCAUGGAGUUCCUAACUUUCGCCAUAACAUGAACAGUAACCAUCAGAGUAUUUUAUGAAUUGUGUGUGUGGGUGUGUGUGUGUGUGUGUGUGAUAUAUGCAGAUAUGGAUAAAUAUAAAGAUACAUGAAAGUAGGUUUAUAUAUAUGAAUGUAUAUAAACACAGUGUUCCAGGUUGUGGAUGUGAUACCCGCCUUGGGAGAGUUCUGUGUGUGGGUUUUUUUAUAUAUAUACAUGGCUGGCCUUCAGUGGUAGUUUCUUGAUAUUGACGCGGGUGAGGGUGGGGCAAUGUGCCGGCUGCUUCCGCUGGAAGAGGACUGAGUGCCGUGCUAAAGUCUGCACCGGUGCGAACAGCGUAAUGGAAGCUUUCCUUGGUAAAGUGGUUUUCACAGUCUCUCGGAAUGGGACCGUGUGACAAUGCGAUAGGAUACAGCCUCCACACGGGUCACGUGCUUCUAAUGGACACAGCAGGUGUCAUUUACAUGCAGGACUUCAAGCGACUUUUAUUUUUGUCUUAAACAGUAUUUGAAGGAACCUUUUUUUUUUUCUUUUUUUUUUUUCGUAAAAGUAUUGUUGGAAACGGGGACAAGGGUUUUAUUUGCGGGUGAAACGCGAGAACAAAGCGAGAACCAUCCUUUCCAGCUUUAGUUGAACCUUCUGCCUUAAGAAAUGACUAAUAUGUUGUACAAAGUACAAUUUUACGGAUAAUGAGAGUAAAUGACCAUUCUCUUACAAAACACAAAUAAAAAUGCUCAUGUCUCAAGA